AUGAAGAAUCUACUGCAGCUCUCAGUGGUCAUAGUUGCUGUCGUGUUGGUACUAUUGACAUGGUACACGACGCUCAUGCCCCAGUGGCUAGUGCAGUCUGGUGAGCGAAACAAGACCGUCUAUUACGCUCAGGGUAUAGGGAUAUGGCUUAAUUACACAGAACAUGUGGGUGAUCCAAGAUUUGAUCCAGGAAAUGCUUUAUGGGUACCACCUCAAGAGAGCGGAGUAGAUACCUACGGUACACAAUGUUCUACGCAGCAUUCUUUCUGUAAUGCAGCAGUGGGCGAGUUGCACAAACAAUAUUGUCAAGUGAUGGAGGUGUAUUGUGGUACAGCGAUGACGUUUUUACAAUUGAUGUUGUCGAUGAUAGCUGGCGUUGCUGUGGUGGUAGUAAUUUGGGCCAUUCAUCUCAUCACUACGACUCACUGCACUAUUGCAGAUUUAUAUCUCAUGCACUUGUGUCUUUUUAACGGCGUCGGUUGUUUGGUGGCGGCGAUGGUUUGGUAUGUAUUCGUAUUUCGACUCAUUAUCAGCUCCACAUUUUACCAAGACCAGUUAAAUCGCUGCUUGGAGAGCACUUCUGGUAGAAUGUGUUGGCAAAUUGGACUCUGUUUUUACUUCUUAAUUGCUGUGGGCGUUUUGAAUUCGAUACUGGCAAUGCUCGUGAUUUCACAUGCGACCAACAAGUUUACACGUUUCCAAAAGUUGUUGCGUCGUAUGUACGAGACAGCAGCAGUAGUGGAGGCUCCGCGACCAGUAGUGAACAUGAAGACGCAGGUGGUAGCGAACAGAGGAAACGAGGCGUUGGAGUCGACGGAGAUGGCAUUAGAUGUCGAAGAAUAUUUCGAGUUGACCAAGUUGGCACCGUUGAAGAAACACCCGUCUGCUUUACUUCCACGGGAUGUUUCUAAGAUAGAUGCAAAGACACAAAAAUGA